ACUCUUUUUCUUAGCCCCCAAAUACAUUAAGAACUUAGCUAUUUAUAUGUGUCAUACAAUAUCCUUAACCCUCAACUUUACUGUUAAAAAGUAAAAAAACAAAUCUUUCUGCCCAGACGAAACAUAGGCAGGCGGUCCUCCGCCGGAAAGAUCCUGCCUGGAACCACCCGCCGCCUCCCAACUCACGGGCCGCGUCCUGCUCGGCCGGAUCCGCCGUACUGUUCGUCCAAAAAGCUAACUUUUUUUUAUUUUUUACCUCUUUUCCGAUCACAUGACAGCCAAGCAGCUUCCUUUAAUGAGUAGAUUCUUUUUUCAACAGAACUACAACGGCUCUCAAAUCGCCAUGGCCGAUUAGUCAAACAGUCCCAUUUCCUUCACAAUUUACCGUUACGUAUGACACGCGUCGCGCAUCCCUCCACUUGUAUCCCUCUCUCUGCUUUGGAUUCCCCCACUUCUUCUUCUCCUUCCUUUCUCUCUGAUUUCUGCCCAUACUGUCCCAAAAAUUAAACCUUUUUUACCUUUCCAACCCAACACUAAAAAAGGGGAAAGUUCCUCUGCAGUCACCGCUCCACCAAACGACGCACAAACUGUUCCCCUUUCAUCCACUUGCUUGUCUUCAACGGCUAGAAUAUUUCCAUACUCGGUCCUGCCUUGCUAGUCUUCUAGACUGUAAUGGAUUGCCGGAUUACCUAACAAUGCCGCCGGAGAAGAACAAACGACGGCGGAUCCUCCGGUGCUGGAUUGCCCUUCUCUACCUCUUCGUUUUGAUCCUGCUUUCUCCUCGCCGCACGGCGGCGGUGAGGUUCGACUUCUCUACUCUGACUCUAGGAAACCUGAAGCUUCUCGGCGACGCUCACCUCAAGAACGGCAGCAUCCGGCUCUCUCGAGACCUCCCCGUCCCCAAUUCCGGCGCCGGGAGGGCUCUUUUCGCGGAGCCGGUACGCUUCCGCCACCCCACCACCGGCGCCGUACUCCCUUUUUCCACCUCAUUUUCCUUCUCCGUCGUCAACCUCAACCCCUCCUCCAUCGGCGGCGGCCUCGCUUUCCUCCUCACCUCCGACGACCGCGUUCUCGGUGACCCCGGUGGCUUUCUCGGCCUCAUCAGCUCCUCUUCCGCCGGUCCCGCCGUCAUCGCGGUCGAGUUCGACACGCUCAUGGAUGCUGAGUUCGAGGACAUUAAUGAUAACCAUGUCGGCGUGGAUCUCAAUUUCAUGGUCUCUGCUCAGGUUGCCGAUCUGGAUUCCGCCAGCAUUAAUUUGAAGAGCGGCAAGCUCAUAAAUGCGUGGAUUGAAUACGAUCAUGCAGGUGUUCUGCAGGUUUUCGUUUCUUACUCCACCGUUCAGCCAUUGAAUCCCGUCUUAUCGUUUUCCGUCAACCUCGCGCAGUUUAUCGAGGAGUUUAUGUUCGUGGGAUUCUCUGGUUCGACUCAAGGAAGCACCGAGAUCCACAGCAUUGAAAGGUGGAAUUUUUCUUCAUCUCCUUCUUCUCCACCCACGAUUUCUUCUGCUCCGCCGCCCCGACUGUCAUCCCCUAUUUCUCCCCUGUUUUUUCCACCUCCGCCGACCGCCAUGGCUCCAGCCGUCCCCAUCUCUGUUGCGGAGGGGCCGAACAACAGCAGCAUGAAACCCCCAUCAUCUUCUUCGUUCUGCCACAGCAACAACCUAUGCCGCAAGGGCCCCGUGGCGGUGGCUGGCGUGGCUACCGCCGGCGCCUUCUUCAUCGCCGCCUGCGCUGCUUUACUAAUCUGGGCCUUUACCCGAAGAACGAAGCCAGUUAGUCAUAAAUGUGACUUCUUGGAAGCGGAUAUAGUGAAAACUCCCCGUGAAUUCACCUACCGCGAGCUCGCCACCGCCACCCAUGGCUUCAACUCCUGCCGAAUCAUCGGCCACGGCGCUUUCGGCACAGUCUACAAAGGCAUCAUUCCAGAAACCGGCGCAAUGGUGGCCGUCAAGCGUUGCAUCAACGGACCAAAAACCACCGGCGUCGCACAGGGGAGAGCAGAGUUCUUAUCAGAACUAUCGAUCAUCGCAACCCUCCGGCACCGUAACCUCGUCAAGCUCCAAGGCUGGUGCCAGGAAAAAGGAGAGAUUUUGCUAGUCUACGACUACAUGCGGCAUGGCAGUCUCGACAAAGCUCUGUUCGAUUCCUCCACGGCGGCGCUCCCAUGGAUGCACCGGCGAAAGAUCCUCGCCGGCGUGGCCUCCGCGUUAGCUUAUCUCCACCACGAAUGCGAGAGGCAGGUGAUACACAGAGACGUGAAGUCGAGCAACGUGAUGCUCGACGAGGACUACCACCCGCGGCUGGGGGACUUCGGGCUCGCUCGUCAGGUAGAUCACGACCGUUCGCCGGACGCCACCGCGAACGCCGGGACAACGCCGGAAUACCUGCUCACAGGUCGCGCGUCUGAUAAAACAGAUGUUUACAGCUUCGGCGCGCUUGUCUUAGAGGUGGUUUCCGGCCGCCGGCCAAUAGAGACCGGCGGGGGGGCAGGCAGCUUGGUGGAAUGGGUUUGGGGACUUCAUGGGGAGGGGAGAUUGGUGGAAGCUGUGGAUCCGAGAAUAGAGGGAGAGUUUGACGAUAGGGAGAUGAGGAGGGUUUUGCUUGUGGGAUUGGGGUGUUCGAGUCCGGAUCCGGUGAUGCGGCCGGGAAUGAGAAGUGUGGUGCAGAUGCUCGGCGACGAGGCCGAGCCGCCGCACGUGCCGGCGGCGAAGCCGGCAAUGAGCUUGAGCUCUAACCACCAGCUGCUGCUUACUCUACAAGAUAGUGUGUCUGAUUACAACGCCAUUAACGGUCCUAUUUCGUCUUCUUCGUCUUCAUCGUCUCUUACAAGUAUUCUUAGAGGGGGAGGAGGAGGUGGUGGUGGUGCGGAGGAUCGGUUUGUCGCCGGAGGAGGGUGAGCCACCGGGCGGUGUUUUUAUUCAGUGUUGUGUUGUAUAAGAUUAUUUUAACUUAUAAGAUUAUUUAAAA